CCGGUGGAAUAGAAAAUGCGUGGAAUUAAAGCUGCCGCAAUUGUACACAAACUGGCGCUCUUGUCCUGGCUGUCUGGUGGCAUUGUGAGCGCACAGACGCAGCCACUGAGCGCUCAUCAACCACAUCCGACAUGGCAGACGAGAAACCCAAGGAGGGAGUUAAGACUGAGAACAAUGAGCACAUCAACCUGAAGGUGGCAGGACAGGACGGUUCCGUGGUGCAGUUUAAGAUCAAAAGACAUACACCUCUCAACAAACUCAUGAAGGCAUAUUGUGAAAGACAGGGACUGACGAUUAGACACAUACGGUUUAGAUUUGAUGGUCAACCCAUUAAUGAAACAGACACACCAUCACAGUUAGAAAUGGAGGACGAAGACACAAUCGAUGUGUUCCAGCAACAAACAGGGGGAUUUCCUCACUGAAGACUAUUUCCUGGCUACAACCGCUACCUCCCUUAUCCUUUCUUUGUUCACUUGGGAACAAAUAUGUAUUUUCGUACUCCUCCCUGACUUAUAUUGUUGCCAGUCAUUUUAAUUUGAAAACUAUUAAUUAUAUGGGGAGUUAAGUUAAUGAAUGGAAUAUGAACUAAAAGCAUUUUAUGUUCAUGAAAAAGUAAUGCUUUUGGAAAGGUGUCUUUCAAAUCUUUGUGCAUUUUAUUCCACAGGAUUAACAUGUGCUAGUCAGCAAACACCUGUUUCCCUCAUGUUCACAUGCAUCUUCAUCAUGUUUUCCGAGAUGGAUUCUUGAACGUUUUAUACUUUGUUGUGGAAUGCUUGCUUGAAAUCGGUUUUCAAUAGAUCAGUAUUUUGAUUUACUUAGUUAAGACUAUGGGAAGUUAUUGAAUAAAUAGAUUCUUUUUUU